UAUAUUUGUAUUAUAUAAUACAGAAGUUAUUGAUUAAAUAGAGCCUCUAUAAUGGUUCAACUAAAGCAAUUGUCGAUACGACUGAAAUCAAUAAAAAAUAUUCAAAAGAUCACUAAAACGAUGAAGAUGGUGUCAGCCAGCAAGUUCACAAGAGCGGAGCGUGAAUUGCAAGCAGCGCGUCCGUUUGGCUACGCUCCACGCAAGUUCUAUGAGAGCUCACAACUGGUGCUGGGGCGUGUAGACGUCAAGCCUGAUGAUAAAAAGAAAACGAAGGGGCCAGAGGCGCCGCCUGCACCACAGACCGAUAUCGCACCGCCACCACCCACCGAUAAAGACAAGAAGAUGAAGCGGAUUUACAUUGCCAUGACUUCGGACAGAGGUCUAUGCGGCGGCGUGCACACCGGCGUGGCUCGGCGCAUCAAGCGAGAGUUCACGGACCGCGCGGCUGACCAACAGUUCCACAAGCUGGUUUGCGUGGGAGACAAGUCCCGCGCCAUCCUGCGCCGAAUCUAUUCGCAGAGCAUGCUCGUUAGCGUCAGAGAUGUGGGUCGGCUGUCACCAGGGUUCGCGGACGCGUCUCUGAUAGCAGCCGUGAUAACGCAGGCUGGGUUCUACUACGACAUCGGCGAGAUAUACUACAACAAGUACAUCUCCCCUGUCAAGUACCAGCUCACCGUCGUGCCCGUAUUCACCAAGGAGAAGAUUGAGACUGCGCCGAACAUGCUGGCAUUCGAUGACGUGGAUGCUGAGGCGUUGGAAAGCUACGCGGAGUGGACGCUGGCUGCGCUGCUGUACUACGCGCUGAAAGAGGGCGCCGCCUCCGAGCAAUCCUCGCGCAUGUCCGCCAUGGACAACGCCACUAAGAAUGCUGAUGAGAUGAUCAGGAAGCUGACGCUGCUGUUCAACAGGACGCGGCAGGCUGUCAUCACCAGGGAGCUUAUUGAAAUCAUAUCCGGCGCCUCCGCGCUUAAGUGAACACUUCUCACACUUUUAUUUAGGAUUAUUUUGCAUUGCUUGUAUUUUUAAUUUAUUUACAAUGUUACUUACAAGUUUGUUGCUUUUUAUUUUACUGGAACUGAAAUUGGUUAUAACAGUACGUUAUUAAUCAUGUACAGAACUUAUAUUAUACUUGAUUGAUUUGUAAUCUAUUACAGUUUUUAUUUUAAUUGCUAAGGUCAUUUGAAAUCAUUGUCUAGAUUCUUCAUAGAUAAUCCUCGACCCU